AUGCCUACAGAUUUCCCACCUUCUUCCCCCAUAUUGGGAACAGUGGUCGCAAACGAUGACCCUUUUUACCAGCCCUCCUCAGAUGAUGUAUAUGGCCCAAGCAGAGCUCAAUUUCUAGGUAAGAGACGAAUUGAACAGCUGUAUGAUGGACACCGCCAUUAUCCGACUCCCGUGGCUUCUUCAACGACUGGUAGGUCUUCUUCUCCCAUCAGAGCAGCCAAUAAUACGCCGAAAAGCAAUCGCACACACUCAACUGAGAGCAUUCCCAUAGAAUUCAACCCUCGUGAUUGUAGUCGGUUGGCAAUUGGCCGUAAAAAGUCUGUUUGUGAUGUAGUUCUUCCAAGUAAGAAGAAUAUUUCCAGACAACAUGCAUUUAUCACGUACCUACCAUCGGAAGAACAAGUCAAACUAGAGUGUAAUGGUGUCAAUGGGAUUGUCGUUGUUGUACCUCAGCAAUUACAAUGUCAUUUGAGAAAAAGUGAAGAAGAAGAGACUGCAUAUAGACUUCUCAUUGAUGACAUUGCCCAAGAUAUCGUUCACGAUAAAGAACUCGAGAACGCUAAUGGGAUAACUUCGUUUGUUCUGUUGAAGGGAGAGAGUGUAUUGAUGCCAUAUAUCGAUGGUACUACCAUUGAUUUCAGACAAGCUGAAGCUUUCUUGACUAUGAAGGAUUUAAAGGAUGAUGAGACAAACAGUACUGAUACUGAAGAUGAACAGUUUACGCUAAUGCCGCAGAGUGAGGAAUUCCGUGAGACUAUUACCACUCCCAGAAAAUUGAUCACAAUACCACAAUCGCCACCGACCGCUCAAGCACAAGAGGACCACAUCGAGGAAGAAGAAUUACCACAAUUACCACAGCUUAUCGAACAUACAACGCCUUGCAGCUCUUUCACUUUGGAUAUUCCAUCUACUCCUGUUAAAAUUAAGAAGAGUUGGGAAGUCAAAGAAGAGGUAGAAGGUACACCACUACCUGUCUUGCGCCAUAACGUCCCAGAGUUGCCUAGCCAAAAAUUGCAUAUUUCAGAGGUAACAAAAGAGCAUGAACACAAGAAAAAGCAGCAUAAACCUAACGGCAAACUCAUUAAAACACCAGCAGAAAUCUUGCUUUCGCUCGAGGGUCGAGGAAUUCCUUGCAAAGAAUUGCAACAUGUAUUGGCCAAUCACCUAGCAUUUGCUAACAUUCAACAAACUCCGCUUUAUCAACUGCAACAAGUGAACUCGAAGACCAGCACAUUGACCCGAGCUGAAUUGCGUGUUCUGUUAAAAACCGAAUCAUGCAUUGGUGUUAUUCAUCGUGAAGGUAAAGACGCGGCAGGAAAACCUUUAGAUGAGGAGUACUACUAUGACCUGGAAAACGAUCCAGACACUGAGAGAAGAAGCCUUGUCACUGCAUUGAAAGGUGGAAGAUCGGGACUCAGAUCCUGUAGAAGAACUCAUAAACAAUAUUUUUGGAAGAGACCAGCCAAGUAA